AUUUAUUUAGCAUACAAGAUUCUAUAGAAUCCAUGUCUUUAUCAAUAGACGCAACAGAAAAGACGGAGGAAAACUCAGGGCAAAGGCAGAGGCGAAAGCGGCAAAGAUCGAGGCAGAAGCACUGACAUGGGUGUGUCGUGGAAUUCUGUGUUUUUGGAGACAUUUUAUCAGAUUCUCGGAUGGUUUGCGUUCAGCGUGUGGUCCUUCAGUUUCUAUCCGCAGGUUCUUCUCAAUUACCGUCGUAAGAGUGUGGUGGGAUUGAAUUUGGACUUCUUGGUGUUCAAUCUGACCAAGCAUUCCUCGUAUCUGAUAUACAACGCAGCGUUAUUCUUCAGCCCUGUAGUGCAGCGGCAGUAUCACCAAAAAUAUGGCUACAACGAGGAGAUUUCAGGUACGAAGUCGCAUGAGUGCGAGGUUCGUCAUCACCUGGUUUUGCAGAGAAUUUUGGGUCAACUCUUCCAUAUAACCCAAUUUGAGAAAUUUGGAGAGGGGGGACAAAUUUGGAGAAGAUUUUGGUUGGGGAAGGAAAAAUGGGAGGAAUUGGGAGCUGAAAAUUGGGGCUCUCCUUCAGCCAUUCCGGGAUUGCAUUUUAAGAUGAUUCCUGUAGCUCCAAAUGAUGUUGCUUUCUCAAUUCAUGCAGUACUUCUUACAGCCUUCACCAUAUAUCAAGUUUUUAUCUAUGAACGAGGAACACAAAAAGUUUCGAAGACAUGCAUAGGGAUCACUGUGGCAGUGUGGGGUUAUGCUGCAAUCUCUUUAAUCAUAGCAUGGCCUGAUGGAUCAUGGCUUUGGCUUGUUACUUCUUUCAACCUAAUCCAAGUUGUCAUGACUGCUAUCAAAUACAUUCCUCAGGCAUGGAUGAAUUUUACAAGGAAGAGUACAGAAGGAUGGAGCAUUGGGAACAUUUUAUUGGAUUUGUCUGGUGGAAUUGCAAACUUUAUGCAGAUGGGCGUGCAAUCUAUUGAUCAAAAUUCCCUGAAGAACUUCUAUGGAAAUAUAGGGAAGCUGCUUCUUUCAUUGGAAACGAUUAUGUUUGAUAUAAUUUUCACGUUGCAACAUUAUGUGUUCUAUCUCAAGACAAAGGUGGAAGAAGAUAAAAUCCCUAAUGAAGAUGCUCUGGCAAGACUGUUAAAUGAAUCAGCAAAAGAAAAUGACGAGAAAAUUUAAUUUGGUGGACUUAUUUAUUUGCUUCAUUGUAUUAUAUUGACACACACAAUAAUUGACUUGUAAGCGAGUUAUCAACCAUACACAACUAUUUGCUUUUUUAUCAUAAAAAAGUUAAAAACAGUUGUGUGGCCUUAUCUAGCCGCAAUCAACUGUGACGAUACUAAAUUUUAUUAGAGUCAAUAUGGAUUGGUUAGCUGCAUUAUUAUUCAGAAACAUGGAUGCUCCUUACUAUCAUGAUUCUAAAAAGUCUCUAUUCAAAUUGCAUUUGCAAAAAAAUACUUCAACAUUGUUAUAAAGCUGGUUAUUAAUGAUAUGAAUGCACAAUGCAUAUUCAGUGCA